AAAGGCGGCGGAGAGAGCGAGCGAGCGAGCGAGCGAGAGAGCGGGCUUGCCUCCUCGCUUAAGGAAGGGAAGGGAAGAGGAGGCGCUGCCUGCCUGCGCUUCUCUCGCCGAGCCCUCCCGUUUGGCCGCUGGGGAAGCGGAGAGCGCCGAAACGGCAGCAGUUGCAGCCCGAGCUAAGCCGCGGUUGUUACCACUGGUGGCCGUGGCCGUGGCGCCCCGGGGCGAAGGAAAGCGGGAAUCAAGGAACCAGGCAAGCGGCCGCUCGGAGCUCCAAGGCACCCGGAGCUUCGCCCUCCCGGCAGUGAAGGAAUUCUGCGGGCAGAGGCAGGGGCGCCGCUCGGGCUUUCUCUUCCUUGCCGCGUCUGCCUCGCCUGGCGGGCGAGGGAGCCAGGGGGAAGCUGUGUCUGGAUCCUGCAUUGGGAUAAUAAGAUUUUGAAGAUCCUAUCUUCUGAGCAGAUGAAAAGAUGUUGGCCAUAGUCUAGAAGAUGCUUGGAGACACCUGAGUCGCUCCUCAGCUUGAUUGCUUCGAUUUCUCCAAAGACUCGCUGAUUGCUUUAAAAAAAAAGAAAGAAAGAAAGAAAGAAUGGUUACCCUUUGCCAUCUCAUCAUGCUUCCAAUUCUGGCUUAAACAGCUCCCUAAAAUGCUCUUUCUGCUUCUUAUCUGGUUCUUGAAGGAAAAUGUUUGUGGGAACUUCAGUGCUUUGGUUUCUGCUCAGUCCAAUGAAAGACGAGUGGUGGCCUAUAUGCCUGGAGAUAUUAUCAUUGGGGCUCUCUUCUCGGUCCAUCAUCAGCCGUCUGUCGACAAGGUCCACGAGAGGAAAUGUGGAGAGGUCAGAGAACAAUAUGGGAUCCAGAGAGUGGAAGCCAUGCUCCAUACCCUCGAUCGCAUUAACCAGAAUCAAAUUCUGUUACCCAACAUCACCUUGGGUUGUGAAAUACGGGACUCGUGCUGGCAUUCGGCGGUCGCCCUUGAGCAGAGCAUUGAAUUCAUCCGCGAUUCUCUCAUCUCGGCGGAAGAAGAGGAAGGGCUGAUGAAGUGUGUAGACGGCUCUACGUCUCUGUACCGCUCGAAGAAGCCCAUCGUUGGUGUGAUAGGUCCCGGAUCCAGUUCCGUGGCAAUCCAGGUCCAAAAUCUGUUGCAGCUUUUCAACAUACCUCAGAUUGCCUACUCUGCCACAAGCAUGGACUUAAGUGACAAGACAUUAUUCAAGUAUUUCAUGCGAGUGGUGCCUUCGGACGCACAACAGGCCCGUGCUAUGGUGGACAUCGUCAAGAGGUACAACUGGACGUAUGUGUCUGCAGUACAUACAGAAGGAAACUAUGGCGAAAGUGGGAUGGAAGCUUUCAAAGACAUGUCAGCUAAAGAAGGGAUCUGCAUCGCUCAUUCUUACAAGAUUUACAGCAAUGCCGGAGAACAGAGUUUUGAUAAAUUGUUGGAAAAGCUCAGGAGCCAUUUACCCAAAGCAAGAGUUGUUGCGUGUUUCUGCGAAGGGAUGACUGUGCGAGGACUGCUGAUGGCGAUGAGACGCUUGGGGCUGACCAGUGAAUUUUUACUGCUGGGCAGUGAUGGCUGGGCCGACAGGUAUGAUGUGACAGAUGGCUACCAACGUGAAGCUGCUGGUGGAAUAACAAUCAAGCUCCAGUCUCCAGGUGUGAAAUGGUUUGAUGAUUAUUACCUGAAGCUUCAGCCAGAAACCAACCAGCGAAAUCCAUGGUUUCAGGAAUUUUGGCAGCACCGGUUCCAGUGCCGACUGAAGGGGUCCCCUCAGGAGAACCCCAAAUUCAACAAGACCUGCACCAGUAAUUUGACCUUAGGACCCCAACAUGUGCAAGAUUCCAAGAUGGGUUUUGUGAUCAAUGCAAUAUACUCCAUGGCUUAUGGCCUCCACAACAUGCAAACGACCCUGUGUCCGGGCUAUGCAGGCCUUUGUGAUGCCAUGAAGCCAAUUGAUGGACGGAAACUCCUGGAUUCGCUGAUGAAGGCCAAUUUCACUGGGGUUUCUGGAGAUAUGAUCUCGUUUGAUGAGAAUGGAGACUCACCAGGAAGGUAUGAGAUCAUGAACUUUAAGAAAAUGAAGAAGGAUCAAUAUGAUUACAUCAAUGUCGGAAGUUGGGACAAUGGUGAGCUGAAGAUGAUUGAUCGUGACAUUUGGUCAAAGAAAAGUUCUGUCAUCAGAUCCGUCUGCAGCGAACCAUGUGAGAAAGGAGAGAUUAAGGUUAUCCGCAAGGGAGAAGUCAGCUGCUGUUGGACCUGCACACCAUGCAAAGAGAAUGAGUUUGUCUUUGAUGAAUACACCUGCAGGGCUUGUGAGCUGGGAUCCUGGCCCAACCACGACCUCACUGGUUGCGAUUUAAUCCCAGUUGAAUAUCUACGAUGGGGUGAUCCAGAACCUAUCGCCGCCGUGGUUUUCGCCUGCUUGGGUCUCCUGGCUACUUUAUUCGUCACUGCCGUAUUCAUCAUGUACCGUGACACGCCGGUGGUCAAAUCUUCCAGCCGUGAGCUCUGCUACAUCAUCUUGGCUGGCAUCUUUUUGGGUUAUCUGUGCACCUUCUGCCUGAUUGCAAAGCCCCAGCAGAUCUACUGUUACCUUCAAAGGAUCGGCAUUGGUCUCUCCCCAGCUAUGAGCUACUCAGCUCUGGUGACGAAAACCAACCGCAUUGCCCGGAUUCUGGCCGGCAGCAAAAAGAAAAUCUGUACCAAGAAGCCGCGAUUCAUGAGCGCUUGUGCCCAGCUGGUCAUCGCUUUUAUCUUGAUCUGCGUUCAGCUUGGCAUCAUCGUCGCCCUCUUCAUUAUGGAGCCUCCGGAUGUCAAGCACCAUUACCCAAGUAUCCGAGAAGUCUACCUGAUAUGCAACACCACCAACCUGGGGGUCGUAACCCCGCUUGGAUACAAUGGUUUGCUCAUCUUAAGCUGCACCUUUUACGCAUUCAAGACCAGAAACGUCCCUGCAAAUUUCAACGAGGCCAAAUAUAUCGCCUUCACCAUGUAUACAACCUGCAUUAUCUGGCUGGCCUUUGUGCCAAUUUAUUUCGGGAGCAACUAUAAGAUUAUCACCAUGUGCUUUUCGGUAAGCCUGAGUGCCACCGUGGCCCUCGGUUGCAUGUUCGUACCAAAGGUGUACAUCAUUCUUGCCAAGCCAGAGAGGAAUGUACGCAGCGCGUUCACCACGUCGACUGUGGUUCGCAUGCACGUGGGCGAUGGGAAGCCUUCUUCUGCGGCCAGCCGUUCAAGCAGUUUGAUCAACCUGUGGAAAAGAAGGGGAUCUUCUGGAGAAACUCUAAGGUACAAAGACAGGAGGCUGGCCCAGCACAAGUCGGAAAUAGAGUGUUUCACUCCAAAAGGGAGUAUGGGAAAUGGUGGGCGAGCAACAAUGAGCAGUUCCAAUGGGAAAUCGGUCACGUGGGCCCAGAAUGAAAAAAGUUCGAGCCGAGGAGCCCAUCUCUGGCAGAGGCUUUCCGUCCACAUCAAUAAGAAAGACAACCCCAACCAAACCGCGGUGAUCAAACCCUUCUCUAAAAGCACAGACAGCAGCCGGCACAGCAGUAGCACCACAAUCACAACCACCUUCCCCGAAUCCGGUGCCAAAACCCUUUAUGAUGUCUCCGAAGCUGAAGAACACUACCCGGUUCAGUACCGCAUUCAAACUCCGUCCCCCAUCAGUACGGUCAGCCAGAGGACUGCUUCCCUCAGCCGGACCGAAGACGAUGCCCCGACUUUCCAGUCGGAACAAGCCCAACGGAGCAGUUCCUCCCAAGGUUCCCUGAUGGAGCAGAUCAGCAGCGUGGUGACUCGGUUCACGGCGAACAUCAGUGAGCUCAACUCCAUGAUGCUCUCCACCCCCACGCCAGGCCCGAUGGUCACCACCCCGUUGUGCUCUACCUACCUGAUCCCGAGGGAGAUCCAGCUGCCCACCACCAUGACCACGUUUGCGGAGAUCCAGCCCCUCCCUGCCAUUGAGGUGAAUGGAGCAUCUCAGUCCACCAGGAAACCAUCUUGCGGAAGCGUCAAGGAAGGCCCUUCCGCAGAAACUCCAGCCCCUGCCAAGCCCGAGCUUGAAGAGUUGGUGGCUUUGACGCCUCCUUCUCCAUUCAGGGACUCUGUUGAUUCUGGAAGUGCUUCUCCCAGUUCUCCGGCAUCGGAAUCCGCUCUCUGUAUCCCGUCUUCGCCAAAAUAUGACUCGCUGAUGAUAAAGGAUUACACGCAGAGUUCUUCUUCCUUGUGAAUGUAGUAGAAGUCAACCUUGAGUCUCUACAGCUUCGGCUCCAUCAAGGAGGCGAAGAAGCCCAGCCUCCCUGUUCUCUAGUGUUUACAGACACAACGAGAGUAAUGGGUUGUUUUUUUUGGGGGGGGAGGAUGAAAAGACGCAAGGGAAUAGAGAAUAAAAACAACGGAUGGGUUACGCUCUUUUAAACGUACACGCACACAUACAUGCACACACGCCUACAUACACGAUGAAACUUUUUCUCGCAGAUUUUUCGUGGCCUUAAAAACACGGGCUUUUCAAUGGAAAAACACACACGCACACACACACAAAAAACAUUUGAAUUUAUUCCUGAGGGCUGAGAGGGCGUCUCUUACAUCACUUACUUGUCAAGUGCUUUGCAACAGUGAGUAUAACGGGGAACUGGCGGUGGAGGGGGGGAAAGAAACAGCAGGCAGACAACGAGAAGCGAUCCAGUGUUUUGUUUACUUGGAUUCCUUCAUCCAAGAAGUAAACCUUGAUUAUUAUUUUUUUUUCCAAGACACGGAAGACCAAAAUCUUGAAUGUACAUUUUGUAGUGAACUCCAGACCGGGGACCAAAAGAUCCAGCGACUUUCUUUCUUUUUUCUUUCCUUUCAAUUGAAAGUGUUUUUUGUUUUUUAAGUGAAGAUCUCAACCGAUCUUAGACUUGGUCACAACGGAACAUUGUUGACUAACUUGGCAGCGCGCUGCCCGUUGACAAAUGUAAGUUAACACAAUGCAGCACACGGCUGCACUCAAAGAGGGCUUUUCUAGAAUAACUUCCCAUCCAAGGAUAUGUUUUAAGAGAGAGAGGUUGGGUGGGGGGAAAUCUCUCUUCAGUUAAGUAUCAAUUCUUUCCCCCUUUAUUAUCGUGGGAUUCAUCUCCAGAACGACAGCAUUCUGGGAGGAAUUUUUCCUUACUGUUUCACCGUGUUGCCGAUCAAUAACAAAGUAGCAAAAAAAAGAGAGAGAGAGAAAAUCACAAAAUAAUAAUAAUAAUAUAGUAAUAGUAUUUUCUGGAGUACUGUUUUGUAAUUCCCUGAUCAGGACAUGACGUUGAGCUGAAUAUUCACUUUCUAUACUGAUGUGGUGGAGCGUAAGGGUUGCUACUUACGGUAUGUUCCCGAGGAAAAUGCAUAUUUUUACAGAUGUUCUUGCAUUAACCUUGCCCGACAACAAGGAUAAAAAGUCUUUUAGUCAUAAAGAGGAGAAUAACCGUCUCUAACAGUCGGAGACAGGCCUUCUCUAAAGGGGUGGAAAGGGUGUGUUAAAGGGUGGGUGGGGCAGUUCCCAGGAUUACUUCUGAUUGGGAGACGAGAGUGCCAGUCAGCCUUCUGUCCAUCAUCAUCUUCAUUUAACGACCCCAUAAUCCCUUGCAAGGUGGAGUCUGGGCAACUGAAUGGAGCUAGCAGAGUGUUUUAAUGGCCAGAUGCUCUUCCUGUGGCCAAUGUGGCGUUUUGUGUAGCAAUUAUAUUCUCAGUUUGCCCAGAGCGAGAAAUAUCUGCCUCUACCUAAGAUUGAACUCACAGCCUCCCGAUUGUGAGGUGAGAGUUCCACCUAUAGGCCACCGCACCUCUCCUAGUCAGCCUUCUGUCCAUCGGCAGAAGAAAUUGCAAUAUAAGAACCUCAGUGUUGUGGGCCAAUGAGGUAACCGUAGUUUUUCACAGAGUUUUUAAAACUUUAUUAGGGACCAUUCUCUUCCCCCACAAUAUCUCUACCAUCACCCCAACAUUUAAAGCCAACUUUUUCAGGAUGUUCCAACAGGCAAUUAGGCUCGCGAUCCAGCUUUUUCAGGCUCACUAUCCUUUCUGGUCCUUGUCGAUUUAGACCUUCACAAUAAUCCCCAAAGUCAGGGAAUCACCCAAUAAUGUCCAUCAUUAACGUUAUAGGCUGCUGUUGUUAAUUUAGUGAAAGUAGCUUGAUUGCAGUGAACAGCCUUCAUAUGGUCCAGAUUUGGGAGAGAAGGUCAUUGAGCUGCUAAAUUAGACCCGGUUUGAGCCUUCAGCUGAAUAAGUAGAAUUUCAAUAUCAGCAAGAAACCUGCUCUGUCCUGCCUUUAAAUGAAACUAAAACCAUUCUCCUGCAUUUUCCGUUUAUAUCAAACUUGGCAACUUUAAGACUGGGCAACUUCAACUCCCAGAAUUCACCAGGAAGCAUGGCUGGCUGGGGAAUUCUGGGAAUCGAAGUCCACCAGUCUUAAAGUUGCCAAUUUUUUGAGACUCCUCCUUUAUACCAUCUAAACAUAGGGAGCACAGCGCCAUCUAAACCGUUUGGCCUACAGAUAGUCCUCUACUUAUGACCAGAAUUGGGACUGGACUAUCUGUUGUAUGUCAUUGGAGUCAUAAAUCCAAGUGGUACCUGAUUAUAAGACAAUGUUUAUCGCAGUCAUUAGAUCAAUCAUGGCAGUAAUUAAACGAAUCACAUGGCCGUUAACAUGAAUUCACGUGAAUCCAGCUUCCCCCUUGCCAGAAUUCAACAAAAAUGGUGGCAAGUCUCAUUCCCAUGACCACAGGAUGAUGCCAUCAGUCAUAAAUGUGAGUCGCCAAGUGUCUAAAUUCUGGUCAUGUGACCACAAAGAUGUGGUGAUGGUUGUAAGCGUGAACAUAGGACAUAAAUUACUCAUUCCAGGGCCAUCGUAACCUUGAACCGUCGUUAAAAGAAACAGUUGUAAACAGUUGUAUUUCUAUAUUGCUACAGUUGUACCUUGGCACAGAUUGCGCAAGGGUUCCAAUGAGGUGUAAAAUAUCUAUUGAGAUAGGUAAGCAUUGCUAAAUUAUAGGCAAUCUUUGACUUACAACCACAAUUGAGCCCAAAAUUUCUGUUGCUAAGUGAGACAUCUGUUAAAGUGAGUUAUACCCCAUUUUACAACUUUUCUUGCCACGGUCGUUAAAUGAAUCUGGAUUUCCCCAUAGAUGUUGCUUGUCAGAAGGCCGCAAAAGGAGAUCACAUGACCACUGCAACCGUCAUAAAUAUGAGCCACUUGCCAAGCAGUCUGAUCACAUGACCGUGGGGAUGUUGGAAUGGCUGUAGGUAUGCAAAACGGUCGUAAGUCACUUUUUUCAGUGACGUGGUAACUUCGAACGGUCACUAAAUGAAUUGUGGUAAGUCGAGGACUACCUGUACCAUUUCCAACAUUUCUUACAACUGGAAAUGCUUCCUAACUAUCCCUGCAAGACACAGGGUGUGAUCCCUGGCCUAAAUGGUUUUGUUUGCUUAUAUGCUGGUUCCCUUUUGCAGUUGUUAUGGGGAGAUAACAUGUAUGCUAAACUCCUGUUCCCCUUUACAUUUAGAACCUAUGAAUAAAUAAUGCGUAAGGAGGUCUCUCAACAAUCCCUGUUUUCCUAAGCCGAGCAGACAGAUCCAUCAUCAGAUUCCUGGCAGGAACUUUUCAACAUCUGCGAGCCCUAAGCAACUGCCCAUCACUGCUAGCUUCUAGUGCCAGCUGUGCUCAGACCCAACAUAAAAUAAUCCUCACAAUUGUUGCCUCUGGCACCAGAAGAAGAGCUCGGCAAUUUAUACAUUCUACAGAGAAAUUACAAAUAUUUUUUUUAAGAAAAAAUCAUGGACUAAACAGAUGUCCUGAGUUACAGAGAUAAUGUUGUGGCCCGCCAGCGGCCAGCAGAGCUGGCGGCAAACUCAGACAGUGAGGAGGUUGGGGAGCAACAUGGGCCAGUCCUGGAGUCUGGGGAAGGCUCUGAUGAGGGCUCUGCGUCGGAGGCAGAGAUGGGGCCAGGGCCGUCCGACAGUUAUUAGCUACCUUCGGAGUCAGAGAUAAGUGGGGCUGAAGAAUAGCUGGAGCUUGUUUCCGAUGUGUGCAUGCGCAGGGCUUCCAGGAGAAGGGAACAGUUAAGGAACAAGGGCCGACUCAGGAGUAAAGGCACAAGUGGAUGGUGAAUGGCCCCUCCCAUAGGGAAUAAAGAAGAGCGAAAGGGGAGUAGAGUUUGCAGGAGACAAUUAGUUCAUUUAAUUAGUGUGAAGAUCUGUUCGUGACUCUCAGAGACUAAGCAUUUUCUUGUACAGCAUUGCGUUUGGAAGAUAUCGGCCUGGCAGCUAUCCAAGCCUGAUAAGGUCUGUGGUUGUAAAUCCAUCCUUGAAAGACUGUUUGCCGGGAGUUUGCUGGAUGUGAAUGAGAGGAAUUCACAUUAGCUUAAUAAAAAGGGGUUUUGUCGGGACAAGGAGUCUACUUCGUGCUUUUGUGAAGUCUAGGUCAGAACAGAUAGGCAGAUGCAUAAAUUUGGAAGGACUUCUUGAGUGGCAACAACACUAAAACACGAACUUGUGUUCCCCAGCUUGGCGACGAUCAGAGGACAUUUAGAGCGAUCAUAUUAAAGAUUUUUAAUAUUCUAUCUUCUAGAAGUCAUCCUGACUUCAGCUCUUGUGGCUUCAUCAGCCUCUCCCUCCAGCAAUUCGAGUUUUGAAUUGAUAUUUAUUUUCGUCGAACGAAAAAUUACAAAUUCGAACGAACAAAAUGGGGGGGGAACGUAAAAUGUGACAGGGGCGAUAGGCGCGUUACAAAAAUCAAUAUUUUUUACAAUCAAGUUUAAGGCAGCUUACAUGAAGUUUAAAGCGGUUGUUCGCAUGCAUUACAUUACAAUUAAAACUUUUUUUAAAAAAUCAUUUACAGCUAGGACAUUACUAUGGACAACUUUGUAUGCAAUACCUAAAUCUGUCCGCAAAUGUCAACAGUUCUAAACUAUCCAAACCAAGAAUUUCAAGUCUAGUUGCAUAAGGUAUUCUAUUCUGGACAAUUAUGGAUUAUUUUAGUCAUUAUUAAUUAGGUCUCCAUAGUUUCAAUAGUUUUACUUUUAAGUAUAACUGAGGCUGUAGUCUUAUACCUAUUUAUUCUGAAUACGCUGCAAUCAAUGGAGCUUAAUCACUAAGCAAAUACACAUAGAAUUGCACUAAAACCCUCGAUCCGACCUUCUAUUUUGAGGAAUCUUUUAAUCACCUUUAAAGGAUAUCCCUCUUAUAUAAGAUAUUUUGAAGAUCAUGCAUAUUUCAUGCAUAAGAAUAUAAGUAGUCCUUGACUUGCCACCACAAUUGAGCCCCAAAUUUCUGUUGUCACAUUUGUUAAGUGAGUUUUGCCCUCAUUUUACGAUCUUGCUUUCCACAGUUGUUAAAUGAAUCACUACGGAUGUUAAGUUUGUGACACGGUUGUGAAGUGAAUCUGGCUUCCCCAUUGACUUCGCUUGUCAGAAGGUCACAAAAGGGGAUCAUGUGACACCCCCUCCCCCCCGGCCUCUGCAACCAUCAUAAAUAAGAGUCAGUUGCCAGGUGUCUGAAUUUUGAUCACCUGACCAUGGGGAAGCUGCAACAUGAAGUGUGAAAAACGGACAUAAGCAGAGGUGGGUUGCUGCCAGUUCGCACUGGUUCAGACGAACUGGUAGUUAAGAUUCCGUGCAGUUUGACAAACCAGCAAAUCCCACCACUGGCUGGCCCCACCCCUGCUCAUUUUUUGGCCAGUUUUCUAGGCUGUUUUUUGGGCAAAACGGCCUGAAAACAAUCCAAGAAAUGGCCUGAAAACAGGCCAAGAAAGGCCCAAAAAACGGGUAGGGCCAGCCAAUGGUGGGAUUAGCCCUAACCGGAUGAAUCCUACCUCUGCCUUUGAAGCAAGUGGCUGGGCGGCGGGGCUGGGUGUAAUGAGUGAUGUCACCCACUCAUUCACAUAACCAACCAGACACGCCUAACAGCCAGAGAACCGGUUGUUAAGGUAUUCAAGUCACCACUGGUCACGCCCCCUGGCCAUGCACACCCCAGUCACGCCCACCCUGGUCACACCCACCCAACCGGUCAUUAGGGCAGGGAACCGGUUGUUAAAUUAUUUGCAGCCCAUCACUGGUCAUAAGUUACUUUUUUCGGUACCGUCGUAACUUUGAACGGUCACUAAAUGAACUAUUGUAAAUUCAGAACUACCCGUAGUAGUCUGGAUUAACCCUGGGACUAAUUACAACUAAUAGCUUGUGGCCGUUGAUCUAAAAGUAUGGAUUUGUUGUCUAGUCAGAAAUACCACGCAGACAAUGGCUUAUUGUGUGCAACUCCUGCUUUGAAGUAACAAAGUUGUUUCCCAGAUAUGUAGAUUUCCCAUCUUUUUAGUUGUUCAACACUUAAUGUAUCUCAUCCUGGAAUCCAUUAACUGGCCUCUGAUAAACAUUGUCUUUGAAGAGUUGUUAGGUUCUAACUGGGCCUUUGAUGUUUGACUUGCUCUACCAUGUAGCAAAGCAGCCUUUUAAAUUCAUUUCCCUCAAGUGCUCAGAUAAAUUCAGAGUCAUCCUGAAAAAAAAUCCAUGCAUUUGACCAGAAACAAUGUUAAGUCUCUUAAGGCGCUUAGAACUCUUGCAUCCGUGAGAGCUAAUUCAUGCUUUCAGCAAAAUGCAUAAAUAGCCCGCCAUUCUUUCGGAAUGUAAUGCAAUGUGAAGGAAACAAUUGCAAAGAGGCAGUUAAUACAGAGCUACCAAUAGAAGAGAAUAUUUGCAGCUCAGGGUUGAACUGUGGAAUCCUUGGUGCUCUCUGAGCUUGGCUGUUUUCUUGCAGAUGUUUCAUUGCCCAACUGAGGGACGUUUUCAGUGCUAGAAGGGAGUGUGGGACUUGCUUUCUGACUUGCUUUCAUUACCCUAGUUGGGUAAUGAAACAGCUGCCAGAAGACAACCAAGCUUAGACAGCACCAGGGACCCCAUAAUACAGAGCUAGAUGGAAGCAAAAAACCCUUGCUCUUUGUGGCUAUCCACAUGAUCAUCCAGAUUUUUGCAACCCACCUAAUAAGGUAGAACGAUGGCCAAUAAUCAGUGGUGGGCUGCAACCGGUUUAAUAACCGGUUCGGUGAGUGUGCGCUUCGCUUGCGCACUUCACUAAAAUUGGAGGUUUUUAAAACUCAGCUGCUUACCUUCUAAGUCAGGCCCAGUAAGUAGAACAGCUGAGGCACGGAAAUCAGCUGUAAUGCGCGAUUCAGAUAAGCUAGAAAUAAGGAAGUAAAGGAUAGGGCCGGGGUCGGUGCCAGCUGAUUGUCGGAAUGACCGGUUCGCCUGAAAUGGUUCGAACCGGCUGAAUCCCACCCCUGCUAAUAAUAUUUCAGAACUAUGCUGGACUUAUCAUUAUCUGGGCUGUGGGGGGAGGAUCCAGUUAACAGAGCAAAGAAUCUUUGCUCCUUACUUACAUUAAUGCAGUCAAAUAGAGUAAACCUAAGCAGUGUAGAAGAAUCACACUUGAAUAAACUUCUUCAAGAGAAAUAAAAUCCUGCGAGAUAGCAUAUUAAGGAGAAAUGCUUCAACCCAUUCUGCUGUUUCAUUGCUGAUUUUUUUUUUUCUUUCUUCCUAACCGGAAGCCCCCCGUUCAAUUCUGGAGCUGACCAGAAGUCAGGUUCCCUCACCAUAGAGUCUCCUCCUAGCGUGGUGUCCUUUUUCCUCUGCCUGUCCUAACCAAAAGCCCUAUGAAUUGCGGAGCUGACCAGCGAUGGGGAGCCGCAGCAGAGGGAUGAAAGAGCCACAUGCGGCUCCAGAGCCACAGGUUGCCGACCCCUGUGCUAUGGAAACCUUGGUGUGAUUGAUCUGAAGCACGUCUAACAUGAGAUAGGGAAGAGAGAGGACUCUUUGCAAUGGGACUGCAGAUUUGUGAAGGAUGAGGCUAUCAAUAGUUAUUGCUCACACUGGCUAAUGCUAUGUCCAGAUUUGGAGGCAAUUUCUGAAAGAGAUAUUUCUCCUUACUUCUGCUUGCAGGAGAAAGAGAUUUUGGACUAGACAUGUCUCUGGCUUGAUCUGUUGUGGUCUGCCAGCAGCCUGCAGAGCUGGCAGUGGAAUCAGACAAUGAGGAGGCUGGGGAGGAACAUGGGCGACUGUGGCAGCGGAGUCAGACAGUGAGGAAUCUGGGGAAGGCCCGGACCAGGGGUCUGUGUCAGAGGCAGAGAUGGGGCCAGGGCCAUCUGGGAGUGAUGCACGGACUCCGGAGCCCCCAAUGUUGGACAGCAGAGAGGCAGAGGAACAGGAGGAGCCUGUUCCUAGUGCAUGCACACGCAGAGCUGCCAGAAGGCAAGAGCAGCUAAAACAAAAGGGACAACUUGGGAGAUGAUUGGCCCCUCCCAUAAGGUUUAAAAGAGAAACAAAGGCACUUUGGGCCUUUUGCAGGAAAGCAACAUUGCUAACUCUGUUUCCAGUCGGCGUCUCUUGUUUGUUUCUGAACUUCGUGGGGCUUUGUCAAAUAAGGCCUUUGGCAGGGUGUCAAAGAAGAUAAAGGUUGGUGAUUAUCCUGAAGGACUUCUUCCGAAGGACUUGUUUUGCAACUAAUUGGGACUCAGCUGGGAAUGAACGUAAUUCUCAGCUGUUGCAAUAAAAUAGGUAUGUUUGGGACUAAUUGUGUAUUGUAAUGACUCAGUAAGCCUAGGUCACAACAUGAUCAAAUAAUAAUGAUCUUACAUUAGGGAACAAAACAGUUACGAGUAUGUUAGGAGUAUGUUAAUAACUCCAGAUUGUAAGGUGAAAAUGAAAUAUCCAUCAAGGCAAAUUUGAACCUAGAGGACAUCAUAGUCAUGUAGACUUUGUCAGCAAUAACAUAGAAGUGUUCUAUGUUCUGGCUGGUGCUUUGGUGGUGUCUUGUGAUAUUUUUUUUAAAAAAAGAACUGCAAUGUAUUUAUAUAUUCAAAAAUCUUUUUUUUUUUUGAAUCAGUGAACACUUUGCUGUAACAAUUCUUCUAAUUUUUGAUGGAGUCAGUGCGAUGCAUUCCUGCAACACACAAGCUUUUCUAGAAUGUUGCAGAACCCUUGAAUUCUAAGCAGAAAUGAUUACGCCGUAUCAAAAAAAGGGGGGAGGGGAUAUCUAGCCAUGAUAUCAGAAGUAACCUGAUUACAAGGAAUUAUAAUUAUGGAAGGAUAUACUCACUCAGUUUCUUUGAUAACACUGCCUGAGUUUCUCCAGUCUUUCCUUUUCUGAUAAGACCACCCAAGUCUGUUACUCUAUAAAUUACAGGCAUAGUUGAAUAUGUUUCUAUAACUGCUUUUGUAUAACUCAGAUAGUUAGCUAUUGAAUUAACCCAUUAGAGCCACGGUGACACAGUGGUUAGAGUGCAGUACUGCAGGCUACUUCUGCUGACUGCCGGUUGACUGCAAUUUGGCAGUUCAAAUCUCACCAGGCUCAAGGUUGACUCAGCCUUCCAUCCUUCUAAGGCGGGUAAAACGAGGACCCAAAUUGUUGGGGGCAAUCGGCUGACUCUGUAAACCGCUUAGAGAGGGCUGGAAAGGAAUGUGAAGCGGUAUAUAAGUCUUAAGUGCUAUUGCUAUUGCUAUUAUUUCCAAAAUACACUGAGCUAGAAAAUAACUAUACAGGCAGUUCCAGACCAGGUAUUAAAUCAGACUUAUUAUGUUGUGGGAAUGCAGCAUCUGCUAGCUUCAGAUCUAUAUGAAUAAUGUAUAAUGUGCUAUAUGAGCAGGACCUACUUAUAUAAACACAUCGUAACUCAGUUCCUGUGACUUUGUCUGUGACUAUGAAGAUAAAGUCUCCUUCAAAGGGAGGUGAGGUCCAGAUGACUUCAUGGAUAUAGUUUUCUUGAUAACAAAAUGGAACUGGUUUAUUACUGUUUUGUUGUUCAGGAUGUUCUUCCCAUUUCUCAGUGUAGUCUUCAGUCCUGAGCUUUCCUAAUAGACACUCAUCCAACUCCAAAUCAGUUUUAGCUCUACUUAGCUUUCCAAGAUCUUCCAAGGUCAGUUGGAGGUUACCUCUUAGUUGUGUGAUUGGUGAAGACAUGAAUGCAAAGCCAGAGUUGGGCAGAUGAAAAGAGGUGUUCCAACACUGGAGGUAUUUCAGACCACCAUAUUUUUCGGAAUAUAAGACGCUCCGGACUGUAAGACAUAUCUACCUUUUUUGGUGAGGAAAACAAGAAAAAGAAAUCUGCCUCUGCCUCCCAGCAAUUUUGCCUCGUUGCAGCAAACAGCAAAUAGCCUGCUUUACUUUCAUUUUCGUUUUCAGCAUAGCUUGAUUAGCACAAGAAAAAAAAACUGCUUCCAAGGUCCUUUCCAACCAGCGGUGAAAUCCAGCUGGAUCUAUCCGGCUCGCACAAACCAGUAGCGCCGGCAGCGGGAGGCUCCGCCCACCCACCGGGAUGUCAUUACGUCCCAUUUUUGACCCUCUGUGCAGGUGCAGAAGAGGCGUGGCGAGCAUAGCGAGCUCAUACAUGCUCCCAUUCCCGAACCGGUAGCGAAGGUAAGUGGAUUUCACCGCUGCUUCCAACUCUGUUAUCCUUUUAAUGGAUAGUGGAAAUCUGGGUUACAAUUAAAAGAUAGCAAAACUUCCAUUUCCACAUUCAUUCCAAUGCUGAUACAGUUCAGUCUGCUGGGGAUUUUUGAUGGCUACCUCCAAUAUUUGUGGUCUUUAUCGUCUCAGUUCAGGCGUUUUGUUUGCCUGUUCGUGGGAUUACCAGCUCCCAAGCGUUCUUCAAUCUUGCUUAUCAGGUGACAUUAGUAAGGCCCAGGAGGUAACCUCCAACUGCUAGAUUCUCCUUUUGUAAUUUCCCAGUGGGAGCCGCUCCUCUCAACAGCAGCAAAAAAGGUUCGAGUCUUAAUCUUUGUUCUUGUUUUCCUGAUGAUAAUAUCUGCAAAAUUAUAAACUGGGGGGAAAAAAGCUCUUUGAAGUUCCUGCAGAGAAAAGACUAUUCAACCAGAGGCUACAGUUGUCCUUGAAAAGAGAACGUAGAGGUAGGUACAGAGUAGCUUCCAAGUCAAACAUAGAAUAUUUGUGGGAGCUAAGACCUAAAUAUGCCUUUAGGUCAGGGAACCAAGAAUUAAAAGGGCAAUCAUGAACUAUUAAUGUCAUUGGGAGCUUGGUGGAGUGCAUUGGAAUAUCUUCAGACCUUGACUAGAGCAUAGAAUUAUAUUCGCAGUUAUGCUCUCCCCCCCCCCCACUUGUUCGAUUGCAGUUGGGUUUUCUCUGUAGCUCAGUAGACAAGAGAUAAAAAUUCUUCCAAGUGUGUUGAGGGUAGUCUCCUUGACUACACCUACAAGGAUUAAGCCUAAAAUCAAUCAGGACUUCUAGAAAUAGGUCAGUAAGAGAUUCUUACUCCUUAUCAGUGGGGUCCUUGGUGCUCGCUGAACUUGUUUGUUUUCUUACAGAUGUUUCAUUAUCCAACUAGGUAACAUCUAGCAAUGAUGGAUGUUAUCAAACAGGGUAAGGAAACAUCUGCAAGAGAACAAUUAAGCUAAGAGAGCACCAAGGACCCCACAGUUCAAUCCUAAACUAGAAAUAUUCUCCUCUAUUACCGUGUUUCUCCAAAAAUAAGACCUUGUUUUUUAUUUUUUUGAAUCCCGAAAUAAGUGCUUGGCCUUAUUUUCGGGGAGGUCUUAUUAUUUUGGGGCGCAUGGAGCAAGAUGGGGCUCCUCUUGCCGUCUUACCUGAUUUCCAGCUCUGUCUCCCUAACCCUAACCAGAGGAAAUGGCGGGGACCGGCUGCACAUGUGUUUAAAUAUUUUCGAGGAGGGCUUAUUUGGGGGGCGGGCUUAUUUUAGCACAUGCGUUCAAAAGCCCAAUUGGGCUUAUUAUCAGGGGAUGUCUUAUUUUCAGGGAAACACAGUAGUUACUUCUAUCUGUUUAAUUGCAGAAAGAAUAAUGAUAAGUUAAAGGACCAGUGGCGUCUCCUAUGGCUCUGUUUAGUCUAAUCUCUCUCUCCCAUCCUCUCUGCUCCACAUCAUUAUAAAUUAUGAAUCUUCUUUGGUAGCCUUGUACAUAUUGUUGUGCUACCUAGCUAACCCCAGGGAGAGCUUUAGAGCAGAUGGAUGAUCAUUCAGAUAUGGAGCUUGACCCGAUGAAAUCAAUGGCUCCUGCAAUACACUUAGUAGUUAGUGCCACCCUCAGAAUAUUUAUUGCCCUCUAUUGAUAUGGAAUAACAACCACCUGAGAAUCUUCCAAAUCAGCAGAAGAAGCUAUAAUAAUAAAGCAGAUAAACGCUUAUCAUCAUAAGUGAAGGAACGGUGGGGAAAUUCAAAAAAAUAGUUGGCAUGAAAAACGAGUCCCAAAUUCCAUCUAAGUUUGCUUUUCAUCCGGCUGAAAUGAAUUAUCCAGCAAUCUUAAAACAUUUGUUUUAUGGAAACAUUUGUUUGAACAAAAAAACCGAGCAGGAACAGUGCUAUUUCUGUACCAUAUGCAAUAAUAACCUGACUUCUUUGACAAUCAGGGCACUGUCAAAAAAAAAAAUACUUUAAUUUGGCUGUCAGCAAUAAAGUCUAAACCCACAAGGCAGCUUAAGGACUUCCUGAUCUCAUGUUAUGGGAUACGUUUUUUGUUCUGAGGUCUCAAUGCAAAAAAAGGGGACAGAAAAUCUUGCCGGUUGAAAAUCCUCUAGACAGAUCAGGAAAAGGAAGAGAUCUCUUUUGCAAGAGAUCAGGGAAUCAUGAGGUUAGCCACCCAUGUCUAAAGAAUAAGCUUUCCAAGGUGGAUGGGAAGUUUUGUGUUGAAAUGCACUAGGACAGGAGCAGUGGUGGGUUUCAAAUUUGUUUACUACCGGUUUUGUGGGUGUGGCUUGGUGGGCGUGGCAGGGGAAGGAUACUGUAAAAUCUCCAUUCCCUCCCCAAUCCAGGGGAAGGUUACUGCAAAAUCCCCAUUUCCUCCCAAUCAGCUGGGAUUUGGGAGGCAGAGAAUAGAUGGGGGCGGGGCUAGUCAGAAUUUUUACUACCGGUUCUCCAAACUACUCCAAAUUUCCACUACCAGUUCUCCAGAACUGGUCAGAACCUGCUGAAACCCACCUCUGGACAAGAAUCUCCAACCUUGGCAACUUUAAGACUUGUGGACUUCAACUGCAGAGUUCUGGGAGCUGAAGUCCCCAAGUCUUAAAGUUGCUGAGGUUGGAGACCCCCUACACUAGGAGACACAUGGCAUCCACGUUUGAAUUCUGAAUGUAAAAUUUUGCAAUGGGGAUGCAUUUGAUUCCCUUGGAAAGUUCCAUGUUGGCAGGCUCAUAUUAUUGUGCUGCAUCAAUUUUGACAACAGGACGCUAACAGUUUCCCCUUUCAAAUUAAUUAAGCAUUCAAACUCAAAUCUCCUGAGACUUUUGCAUGAAACCUUGUCCCUUUUCGGCAUAACUGCACAAGAUUUUCUGUCAUAGCGAUAUUCCUAGGUGAGUUCUUAGAUGCUCUGAGAAUGAGAUUGCUGAAGUCUUCAGAGAUUUUAGCUGUUAUACAUUUCCUGUACUUUUCUUCCCUUUUUUGGCCACUUGAAGAAAAAAAAAAUGUUGAUCAAAGUGGCUUGAGUUUGCUUUAGCUGUAAUUUAGAUAUCCAGACACAGUGACUUUAUAUAUAAAACCUGCCAUUAUGAUUUCCACUCUGUGUGAAGUAAGCCACACUGAUUUCUUCAACAAACCACAAUCCAAACUGGGGAUUCGCAUAAUGUAUGAAUCACCUGCCAUGCCUGAAAAACAUUGGGCGUAUUCCCAGAUUUUUUUUUCCUAACAUUUUUUUUUUUGAAAAAAAAAGUAUGUUAACUCAUAUUCAAAAAAAAGACAGUUCUGUCAACUGAAACUUACAGCAAUCUACUUCAGCUUCUUGGUCAAAGAUUUAAUUCAAGACUAUAGAUGGUGUAGAAGGAAAAGCAACCUAAAACUGUCCCCAUAUUUUAUCUCUCCAUUUUUCCCCCUAUGGUGGUGGUGAUUGGUGAUGGUGAUGAUGAUGAUAGAAGAGGAGGAGGAGGAGGAGCAGGAGAGGAAGCAAGUAGUUGAAAGCAUUAAUGCAACUGAAAAUAAAUUCUCCCUAAAGGUUGCUGAAAUACUUGGCAGGUAUUUUAGAGAGGAAGAUUGCCACGGGACUAAGAAAGACAGGUGAAUCUACUCAGGUUGUUCCCCAUGUUCUCACCAUGGAGUAGAUAGAGGAAGAGGAUCUCUCUUUCCUCAGCACAUUUCUUACACACUUGAACUUGUGAGUUAGGAGUGCUCAACAAGGACAUCUCCCACAGAACAAGCCCAGAAGGCACCUCUGGGUUCAACUUAAGCUUCCUGGCUGACAGUUCAGAAAUACAUCCACCAGCUCUUCUCCAGCUGCAGUAUCUAUAAAGGGAAACUUCCUAGGCAGCUGAAGGCAAUGACUGAAUGACUCAACUCUGCUUUGAGGCUAAUGCAUUUCCUUGUAGCCAAGCUCUUGAAGUCACUUCAGUUUUAUACUGUGGGAGGGAUGAAAAGAGACAGACAGUAAUUUUGUGUCGAUCAAAAUGAAACCAACCAUCCAACAAAACGACACAUCAGCGAACGAGACAAAAAAAAUCAUAACAAUAAUAUAUAUUAUUCAUCCUGGUGAGGAUUCUGUGUGCAUGAUCAGAGCUGUUUUGUACCAAUAAAGAGAGUGCCACAAAUAUCCUAGGCAGCACCCACUGCUCCAUGCCAACUCCGCUCUGAUCAGCCAAAUGUGAACAAAUAUAUUAUCUAACAUUAUGUGUACAAAUAUGAUUCAAUGGCAGCUGCUGGUGAAAUUUCUAUCAUUAGAGACUCUAUAUGGGAUAUAGAUAUUUUAGAGGGAUGGUGCCAAUUCUCGACAAUAUUGUGUGGGCUACAAGUGCUUGUAAUUAUUUUUAAUUUGCAAAUCAACUGACAACCAUUUGGUUUUUUGGAAAAAAAAAAUAUGUGAGUGUUUGAAUUUGUUUUGGUUUUUUUAAAAAAAAAACACUAAAAAACAAACAUCGUGCCGCAUUAAAACAAUUAAAAACACUAGAGAAUGUAAAGUUCUUCUUUUGAUGUGAAUUGAGAUGGAUUUUUUCAUUAAAAACAAACCUUAACCUUUUUAUCAGCUGUUUCUGCUUUCUUACUUGUACAAAUAAUAAUAAACUGAUGAUGACUAUGAUGAUGAAAAUGUAAUUUAUUAAAAAAAAAACACAUUUGCUUGUUUCUUGGUUGCCUACUAUAUCUUGUUAUAGUCGGUGUUAAUGUAGAGUCUGAUAAUUUUUGAACAAUAUUAAAACAAAAACCUGUGAUAAGACUUCA